AUGGCCAAUUCCACUACAAUGACAGGAUUUCUACUAAUAGGGUUUUCUGAUGUAUGGGAACUACAGGUUAUGCAUGCCGCAUUCUUCGCUUUGAUGUAUUUGCUGACUCUCACUGGGAAUUUUCUCAUUGUUGUUGUCACCACACUGGACAAGAGUCUUCAUACACCCAUGUACUUUUUUCUCAGAAAUCUCUCCAUCUUGGAUGCAUGCUACAUUUCUGUAACAGUCCCUAAUUCAUGUCUGAAUUCUAUACUUGGCAGCAAUACCAUUUCAAAGGCAGGAUGUGUAACUCAAGUCUUCCUUGUGGUCUUUUGUGCAUAUGUGGAGCUGCUGUUCCUCACUUUCAUGGCCCAUGACCGCUAUGUAGCCAUCUGCCAGCCUCUUCAUUACACUGUGAUCAUGAAUUCUCGGGUCUGUGUCCAGAUGACACUGGCUUCCAUCCUCAGUGGUAUAGUCUAUGCAGCAUUACACACAGGUAAUACCUUUAGGCUGUCCUUUUGUCAUUCCAAUGUAAUUCAUCAGUUUUUCUGUGAUAUCCCCUCUCUACUAAAACUCUCCUGCUCUGAUACCUUGAGUAAUGAGAUAACUCUCUUUGCCUCUGCUCUAGUGUUCUGUGGAGGUUGUUUCAUCUUCAUCAUCAGGUCCUACAUUCACAUAUUUUCUACUGUGCUCAAGUUUCCAAAGGGAGUAGACAGAGUAAAGGCCUUUUCCACAUGCAUUCCUCACAUCCUUGUGAUGUCAGUCUUCCUCAGCUCAAUUUUCUACGUGUACCUAAGGCCACCUGAUAUCUCUCCAACCAUCCAGGAUGUUGUCUUUACUGUGUUUUAUUCCAUAAUUCCCCCUCUCCUCAACCCAAUUAUCUAUAGUCUUAGAAAUGAGCAACUAAAAAGUGCUAGCAGGAAAAUUAUGCAAAAAGUAUUUAAGUCCAGAAAUUUAUAG